AUGGAGAACGACAAGGGAGAAAUCGUGGACCUCUACGUCCCGCGCAAGUGCAGCGCCACCAACCGCAUCAUCAAGGCAAAGGACCACGCUUCCGUCCAGAUCUCGAUCGCCAAGGUUGACGAGAGCGGCCGACAAGUCCAGGGCGAGAACCAUGUAUACGCCCUGUGCGGUUUCGUGCGGGCUAUGGGAGAGAGCGACGACGCCAUGAACAGACUGGUCCAACGCGAUGGUCUCGUCAAGAGCGUCUGGAGCGCCCAGCGAUAA